AUGGAGCUACGGACCACUCGCCAGCUGGCUCUGAUCGUCUUUUGCCAUACGCUCGUUCGGAGCUCGAUGGCCACAGUAUCGUUCCCCAAAAUCCAGCCCAUCGUCGGAUUUUCCGACUCCUGCACGAUAGCCUACAGCACGCCCGUCGGUUACUGCAAGCUGGACGACUUUCCAGCGAUUGGAGGAACAGAUUCUUGCUCGCAGGCUUGCCAGCAAGCACUGGUGGCGGCACAGACAUUCGUCCAACGGGCAUGUCAAGGCCAGCAAGCGGCUCAGAACUCCUUGAUCGGGCAGCUCUUCACUGGAGAUGUGGUCAACUAUCUGUGCACUACCACCGACGGCGAUGCGGCGACUACAUCAGCCAGUUCAACCGAGUCUACAGCGGCGCUUUCUUCCACCAUGGUAACAGCAAGUUCACAACACGACCAUCGAGAGCAAAAGCAUCAUGUCAGAGACGACCUCGUCCUCAAUAGCCACAUCUCUCGCUUCGGCCUCGUCAACAACCCUAUCCACCUCGACUUCGACUUCGUCUUCCUCCUACUCUUCAUCCCCGUCCUCCAUUUCCUCUGCAUCAGCCUCGAGCACGUCUACCGCAGCGUCUUCGACGGCAACAUCUGA